AUGGCCAGCAGCAGAUUACCGAGCCGAAAAUCAUUUAUCUGUCGACUCUGCGGUAAGAGCUACGUCUGGAGAGUCUCCUUGUGUCGGCAUUUGCGAGAGGAGUGCGGCAAGGAACCGCAGCACAGAUGCGACUAUUGCGGAAAAAUCCACAGAUUUUGCAAUUCACGAUACAACCAUCAGGGAAUCACGACGCCGCGUUUCGAAAAAAGAAAAAGCUCUGAAGCUUUCGUGAAACCUAGAAGAGUUCCUCCCGCGUUCUUCUCAGCUGCACUUUGUCGUGCAUCUUCACUAGAUAAAGCUAGUUUCCUUACGUAUCUUUUACUAACUUACCGCUUUCAGUGUACUUUACGUUGCAGACGGGGACACGGCGGCAUCAUCGCGCGUCUUAAUUCUACUACGCUCGUGGAAGAUCCUACAUGUGAAGCGAGUACAGCGAGAAGAGCUUGCGGUAGACACUCGCAGAAGAGACGUCUAUUGCCGCCAAGCCAGGACUGCCUGCCGAAACCGUUCGCUUGCCACAAGUGCGACAAAACCUACAAGAACAAGGGCAGCCUACAGCGUCACUUGAACGACGAGUGCCACAAGCCACCGCAGUACAUCUGCGAGAUGUGCCGUCGAGGCUUCAAGCAGAAAGCCAACUUCAAGCGACACGCCUUCACCAUCCACGGCAUAUCCUCUUUUGUGGACUCCCGUCCUCGGGAGAAUCGCGUCACAAUACGGCUCAAGUCACAGAAUCCACAGUGAAGAACGAGCGUUCCAUACGCCAGCCACGCAAGAACAACGAUCGAGCAAUUUCGAUCUCGACGGGAUUUUGCACGCCUCUCAAAACACAUCUGAGUAACCAUGAAGCUUAAUGUCGGACGACAGAUAGUUUCUGAUGUUUGACGAUACAAAUUAUUGUGUUGACUGCUAGGUAUACAGCAAGAGUCCAUUAAUUACAAAUCAAGUUCGGAAGUUAACGUCUCUCACGGUUCGUCACUUGAAUCAUAUAGACUAGCUGGACAGAACGCGAAGAAUAUAUCGUAUCCUCUUCUUGGAGUGAAAUCUCAUUCAAAACAAAGAAAGCGCAGUACUUUCGAGGUGAUAGUGACAAUACUACCACUCGAAGUCGCAAAAUGAAUGUUUCACCCAAGCCUAGAGUGAAUUCUCAUGUUCUCCAUGUCAGUGAAUAUUCCAAUCGAUUAGAGUAAAUAUGUUCCUACAACGGUGAAGCGCACCAAAUUCACUCCACAAUUUCGAGCGAAGAUAUUCACUCGAUGAUUCAGAGUAGGAGAGUUUAUUCUAUAUGAGUAAAAUAUUACACUCUCACACACACACACAGAUUCGAAUAAUUCAGUGAUCACUCUGCUUCUCAAAUGAAAGCUUUAUUUCAAGAAAUUUAGAGAAUAUUGUUCGCCUGAUCGGCUGGCUUGAUGGAUUACUGCGAUCUAAGUUGAUUCUCCAUGUUUCAUCCACUGGCAGGUGUCUCAGCGAACUCUGUGAGAGACGAUAACUUGCGAACCUGGUCGAAGAUCGUUUCAAAGAUAUAUCAUGCGUUAGAUAGCGGAUUGAUUAGGAUUUAAACGAGUUCCUAUAUUAGGAAGAUUGCGUGUUUUGUCACUUGAAAAGUUAUUCGAGGAGUGUAAUAACGUGAAUUAUCGUAAACCAUACUUGAUAGUAAGAUCGCAAUAUGAAUAUGUAUAGCUGACAUUUCUUGCGAUUUACUUUGGUAUAUGUGUGUAUGUUAUGUGCUGUUGAAUUUGCUAAAACCUAAUUGAUAGUUUGUCACAUUCGUGCUAGAUCGACAGUUGAAGAAGAUCAAUACUCUCCAAGGAAGAGAACAAGAGAGAUUUAAACUCUUGGUGGCAACACAGCAGUGGAAGAGCAAGAAGGAGAAGAAGAAGUCAAAAUUCGAUUCUCGUUCCUAGUCGAAUCGGACGGACGCAUAUAGCGAUCGACUUUCUCUUUUUCUACCGGGAAGCAAUUGUAAUAACCGUUCUUAUUAAUCGUUACGAAAAAUUAUUCCAUAAAUGUUCAAUUUGUGUUCAGCAUUCGUGUCGCUUCGUUUAAACGCGAGCGCGAAUAUAUUUAUGUGUGUGACGUGUAUGUACGAAAGCCGCGAAACGUGAAAAAUAAUCUCAGGCGUAAAAAUAUUGAACAACAUAUGAUGAGAAGAUGCAAAGCGAAUGAAAUUUACGGUAAAAAUAUUAUUUAAGAGAUUGUAUCAUUAAUGAUAACAGGGUCGGAUUUAGUCGUUUUCGUCGCUUAUAGACACAUGAUUGGUGUCUGUAAAUCAGGACUUUUAAGAGUACACGAAAUUAAAAAUUAUCCUAGCUCUAAUUUAUUAAGUAAUGUUCACAUAACAUGACAAAUGUAGAUAAAAAAAAAAUAUAUAUUUUUUUAUCUACGUGUAUCAUAUUAUGUAUUAAAGAGAGAGAGAGAUUAGAAUAAUUUUUAAUUAUUUUUAAUAUAUAUAUUAAAAUUUUUAGUAUACAUCUAUAAAAUAUAUAUAUGCACAUAUAUUUUUGGCGAUAUAUAUGUGUAUAUAUACACACAUGUAUAUCGCCAAAGAUUGUAAGAAUUAAUCGUAAAAUAUUAGAUAAAUUUACAAAUUAAUUGAAAAUGUAAUUUGACAAAAUUGUGAUAUUCAAAUUCUUGUGAUAAAAUUGUAUUACACAUUACGUAAGUAACGUCUUACUCAUGACGUCGCGGUUUGUUUUUAUUGUAGGAAAUUUGUAUUCACUAGUAAUAUAAUCUAUUAGAUUAUUAUUCUUUAUUUUAUAUAUUCUAUAUUUUAGUCUAUAUUUUUUAUCACGUAACACUAUCGAUAAGAAAAUAUCGAGUUUAUAUCAAAUGUAUAUAAAAAUUAUCUUCAUUUUAAAAAUUUUUUUGAAUAUUGCUCUCUUCUUGUUGAUAUAAUUCAUACUACUUCUAAUUGCUCGUGAUACCAAACGAAUUAUACAAUUAAAGGAAACAAUAAAAAUUACUAAAGAAAUAGAUAAUAAUUUUUACACAUGAUGUCUGACAUUAAUCGUAUCAACUUUAAUUCGUCAAUUGUCUUUAAUUAAUACCUCAAUAAUUAUCGUUGUUGUUUGCAAAAUGGCACACUUUUUCAGUUUUUCAUUCGCGCACGAGCGUUGGUAAUUGUCAAACAUCACAUAUAUGACACGUGUUGCAUGAAACACUUUGUAUAUUAGAAAGAAACAUUCUUCUUUGCUCCUUCUUCUCUCGCUCUCAAAAUUUGCCGCUCGUAGGUGCGUGCCUAUAAUGUCUAUUGGUAAAAUCCGACCCUGAUUGGAAGCUAUAAUUUAUGAAGACUGCGACGAAGAGAUAUUGGUCAUUCUCUUCGUGAAUGACUGCGACGGUUAAAAAAAUUACUUAGGGACUGCGAAAAUUCUUUAAUAUAAUUCGUCAAGGCUGAAAUUACGUCGAAAUGAAGAGUAUAUCGAUGAUGAUGAUAAAAGUAAAUAAGAUUACGUACGAGUAUGACUGCGGGGAAAAUAUGACUGCAAGAAUCGACACCUUCCGCGACAAAAAGAAGGAGAAAGCUUUCAAGCGUGGAGGAAAAACAGUGAUUUGUCAGGAUUAACUUUGAUCUUCCGUCGAGAUCGAAAGCGCUUCAUGGGAUUCACUGGUUUUCUCCUUCAAUGCUGUUACUUUUCAU